UUGCCCUCUCACUUCUCAGUUGAGGAGAGGGAGGAGAUGCGCUUGAAGCGUUUCACCGCCGCGUUAAAACACACCAUCAGCGCAAAUGACCAAACUCAACAUUUCUGUCCCAUGGGCAGGGAUCACGAGGGGUGAUGAACUUUCUGAGUUUGCCUGAUCUGCAGCUUGAGCCCAAUGUCUCCUGAAUGUGCAUGGCUGAUGCUCGUCGUUUUUCUUUUAAUCCUGGCUGCAGGUGCACAUGGAAAUCCAGUGUGCACUGCCCGCUCAAACAUAGGCAAAGAAGUCCUCGUAGGUUCCGAUUUAACAGUCUCCUGUUUCUUUAACAAGAUAUGCCCAAAAAUCAUUUUUCGAGACGGUGAACAAAUUAAGCAUGAACAAUCACCAGAUUUAAAUGUGGUGUCUGUGAAUGUUAAGAAUUUAACAAAGUUGAGCAUCUUCACCUGCAAAUGUAAGAAAGACCCAGAACCUUGUGGAAUUGACAUCGCUCCAGGAUAUCCACCAGACAUUCCACAAAACCUGACCUGCAUUCGAAAAACAGAAUCUGGCAAUGUCACAUGCACUUGGAAAGUAGGAAGGGAUACCAAGAUCCUGACCACAUGUCAGUUAUGGGUACUAGGUGGCCCUCCCCACUUCUACAGGAGUGUGAUGAACUCUUCAAGAUUUUGUUUUGCCACAUUCCCCAUCAUUGGUUCAAUGUCACAACUCACUUUGAGGCUCAAUAUCUCAAAUGGCCUGGGAUCAAAUGUAUCAGGUCCACACAACUUCAUCCUCAGCAACAUAGUAAAACCCUCAAGGCCUAAUAUCAGUCAUGUCGAAUGUUUCUCCCGACGGUGCCACCUACGCACAGACAAUCACAGCAUGAACUUGGUUGAAGUCAAAUACAGAGUGAAACAUCAGAUCUGGGAGAGCCUCGAGACUUACGCUGGGAGAAGUUUGAACAUAUCAUCACUGCGCCCAUAUACCACAUACGAGUUCCAGAUCAGAAGAAAAAUAAAUCAUACAGUGGGCCUAUGGAGCGACUGGAGUCGGGCAAAAGAAGCAGAAACCAAAGAGGAAGCUCCUGACAAGCCACUUGAUGUCUGGUACAUCCAGGAGCCAAAAUCUGAAACGUGUUUCAGAAUAUUUUGGAAGAAACUGAGCAAAUCAGAAGCCAAAGGAAAGAUUCAAAGAUAUAAUAUAAGUGUCCAGACGCAGAAGAAGAUGAACUCAACCACUGUGGCCUCCAACAUUACCAGUCAUAUUAUCUGUUGCCAUCCCUGUUCAGUCUCAGUGUCUGCCAUUAACUUGAAGGGUCAAUCACCUGCUAAAUUUAUUGAGUUACGCUCUCCAGGUUUAGUUCUACGUAUAGUGUCACGUAUUCUCUCAAAUAAAAGUAUUGCCCUCUUCUGGCCGAUGAUUGCUAUUGCAGGCAAUAGAACUGAGUAUGUAGUGCACUGGUAUCCAGUUGGCGCUAAAGAAAAGAUUCAGUGGAUCAGAGUGGUGGAUACCACAGCUAACAUUACAGAUCUACAACCUGAAAAAUGCUAUCAGGGUGCAGUUACUGCCCUGCGCUCAUCAGGCCCUGUAAUGGCGUCCAUUGAAGACAUUUCCACAUGGCAGUCAGUUCCAGAACAGGGUCCCGGGCUCCAACCAAAUUUAAAAGAGAGUGAAAGCUUGGAGGUGAAAUGGUCUAAAAUCCCUCAAAGCAAGAUUAGAGGCUGUUUGAGAAAAUACAGCAUCUACCUGGAGGACGAUUCGAAAGAUAUUAAACAUUACAAUGUGGAGAAUACAAAGAAACAGUAUACCAUCAGCGGUUUGUCACCAGGACAGUGUUAUAAACUGUGGGUUACUGCCUGGACGGAUGCUGGGGAGGGACCCAGAGGAAUUUGCCUUCCGGUCUGCACACCAACAGACUCUGAAAAACUAAUAUCCCUAGUGAUCUUAGCCGGGGGAGCCGUUCUUCUCAUCUGCCUAAUGUUUCUGUGCAUCUGCCAGUUCUCUUCCGUCCAGAAAAGAUUCUUAAGCUGUUGUCAGUGCCUGCUGCCUACUGUUAUUCCAGAUCCAGCAAACAGCAAAUGUGCAAAGGAGUAUGCCAUUGAGCAGUUCCACCACCACCAGUGUGACUCCAGCAUGAGUGAGGAACCAGAUAUCGUGGAGGUAGAAGAGGUUCCUUAUCCCUCCAGCUUCAUCUGCACCUACAAAAAGAGCUUCUCUCAAGAGUCCAGCACCUCUGACGGAACCCAGAUCACCAGGAGCACAGACAUUACAGAGGAUUACAUCUGCACUCAUGGAGCCAUAAGCGGAGGGGAGGAAGAAGAGGAAGAUGAGGAGGACAGGUUAUUGGAUGAAUUUGGAUUCUUACCAUGCAGCAGCCCUUUCCUAGAACCGUUGGUUUUAUCUGGUGAAAGGCUGACGCUCGACGUAGUGAAAAUAAACUGCUGUGAAUUUCUGGAUGGCACGUGACUGUCCGAGGGCAUUAAAAUAUGACCAGACUGUGAUUAUGUAACGUCCUGCACGGGUGCUGAAAAGUAAACGAAAGACAAUUUGUGGUGUCUGGCUGGAGCAGUCGCAACACAUUUUGUCCAACACCUGUCAAAGACAAGCCCAGACUCGGCAUGAGGGUUGUGAGUUGACUUCAGAUCUUACAGAGAUUUUGAGGGCCUGCAAAUAGAAGUGCGCUACACAAAUAGCAGGUUGUAACAAAAGCCGGUUUGAGUUAACAUGCUUUAAAGGACACAUGGCCCUCCCACAACUAUUUAUGCUGAUAGUGUGAAAACGGAGAGUAUCUCUGACAAACUUGAUGAAUAGAUGUAAAUAAAAGGAGGAUAAUUCUGAUGUAGUUAUCUGAUGUACAUUUUCAGGAAAUUGUACAGACAACCAUUCAUUCCACUACAACUUUCACAAUACGGUACUCGAGGACAAUUGCGCAAUCACAUCAAUAUCCUGGCAGAGCCAGUAAUUAUAUCUACUCUAAUACAAGAUUUUUGACCCAAUACAAACAUACAUCAAACUGUUUUUCUUUUAAAAGUUUUUUUUUAAUAAAGAACAAUGUAAACUAUGGUAUACUGUCCUAACCUUUAUAUGCAUGCCACUCUUUCAAGUAAAAAAACCUUUUUUCCUGGACCCUGUGUGGUUUACUGUACCAACAUUAAAAAAAUCUUACCAACCAUAUUUUAGAAAAAGUAAAUAAAUAACAACUACAAAUAUUUGUAAUAAAAAUGUUUCUAAUUACCUUCUCAUUGUUUGAAAAU